AUGUCGGUCGCCGCCCGAUCCAUCGCGGCCGAUCGUCCCUGUUACCCCAUCUCUCACGCCGUUCAUCUCUGCCAUCAGCAUACGGAGAUCGAUGCGCUUCUCCGACUUCAGAACGAGAGGCUUCGAUUGGGACUGGAUCAGAUCCAGAAGCGACAUUGCCGAUCCCUGACCUCAUCGAUGGAGCAGCAAGUCCUCAAGAGACUCAAGGAAAAGGACCUCGAGCUCGAGAUCGCUAGCCGAAAGAACGCAGAACUCGAGGACAAGGUUCGACAAAUUGCCGCGGAGAACCAAAUCUGGUUCAAUGUGGCCAAGAACAACGAGGCCAUCGUUUCGAGUCUAAGAUCCAGUUUAGAGCAAGUCCUCCUUCAGAACACCGCCGUUGACGUCGUUAAAUCCAAGGAAGGCUACGGCGACAGCGAGGGGCCGGCGUUACCCGCCGACGAUGCGCAGUCUUGCUGCUUCGGAGGGGUGGAAGAGAGGGCUAACGGCGCCGUUAAGUCGGAGAUAGCGACGGCGGUUAAGGAGAGCCGGAGAAACUGCAAGAUUUGCGGCGAGAAAGACGUGAGCGUUCUGCUGCUCCCCUGCCGGCACCUUUGCUUAUGCAGGGACUGCGAAGCUAGGGUCGACACGUGUCCGAUCUGCCACGUCACCAAGAACGCUUCCCUCCAAAUCUUCAUGUCUUGAUCCGGGUAAUAGGGUACUUGGGCUCUUUUGGCCCGCGUUUAGGGUUUGGCUUUACCAUUUCCUUUUUCUUUUUCUUUUUUCUGGGAGUAAGUUACUGGUGUAAGGACAAUCAUCUCAGUUGAAAGUUUCGUUAUUCUCUUUUUUGAGUGCUUCAAUAUAAUAUCUUUUAAACC